AUGGCGCUGUGCCAGAACCGCUUGCAAGAGGAACGGAAGCAGUGGCGAAAGGACCAUCCCUUUGGCUUCUAUGCCCGUCCCCAGAAGAACCAGCAGGGUGUGCUCGACUUGAAGAUUUGGGAAUGUGGUAUUCCUGGCAAGGAAAAGACAAUCUGGGAGGGUGGUCUGUUCAAGCUGACCGUCACUUUCCCUGAUGAAUAUCCCACGAAACCCCCCAAGUGCAAAUUUGUCCCCCCUCUCUUCCACCCCAAUGUCUACCCAUCGGGCACGGUCUGUCUCUCGAUCCUCAACGAAGAAGAGGCAUGGAAGCCGGCCAUCACGAUGAAGCAGAUCCUGCUCGGCAUUCAAGACUUGCUCAACGACCCCAACCCCGAGUCCCCAGCCCAGGCUGAGGCGUACAAUCUCUUCAAGAAAGAUCGUCAGGAGUAUGAACGUCGGAUCAAGCGCGUCGUGCGGGAGAAUGCCGCCCCAUAGAUUGGGAACCCACGACUGUGAGGGUGCUUGGUGAAAAAGAGAGAGCAGUUUUGUUUUGCUGGACUGGGACACGGAGUUUAGGGAUACCAAUUCAUUGUUUGCGGCGGCAUUUGGAGGGAGUUCAUUCAUUAAUAGCGAUCCUGCGCACGAUUCAAUCUUCGGGCUGCUCUAUAUGCUCAUGAUCGAGGAACAAGAGUCUAAGAAAAAACAAAAUUACCGACGCUGCGCCCC